AUGUCCAGUGAUAUUUUCUGUGUGGGUGGCCAUGACUGGGUGAUCCGGUUUUACCCGGAUGGGAGGAAACUCGUGGAUGGAAGCUCUAAAUCUGACUUCUUUUCGGUGGGCAUUGGUUUGGUCAGCGACGCUGGUGAUUCGGGCAUUAGGGCCUCGUGUGAGUUUACCUUCUUGGACAAGAGAGGGAAAGAGUUACCAGAGGGCUUGUCCGGCCGGCCAUCCCCUAUGAAGAAAGGAUACGAGUGGGUUCGAGACAUCAAGGAAGCAAAUCAAGGAAGCAAGUAUGUACAAAAUGAUUGCAUCAUCAUUCGAGGCACUGUUCGAGUUCUUGUUCUUGCGAAUCGGCUUGAAGGUGCCAAGCAGGGUUCCAUUACCGUACCCGACUCCAACUUUGGCCAGGGUUUCAAGGAGCUACUGGAAUCUGAAGUUGGUUGGGACGUUGUGUUCCACGUUGGUGAUGAGGUAUUUCGAGCUCACAAGUCCAUUCUUGCUGCGCGAUCCCCUGUUUUCAGAGCCCAGUUCUUUGGACCAGCAGGGGAUCCUAACUUGAAUGAAGUUACAGUGGAUGAUAUUCUUCCCUCCAUCUUCAAGGUGAUUCUCCGAUUCAUAUACACAGACCAACUUCCUGAUGUGCAUGAUAUUGUUGGCUUCUCGGCAUCCAUGUCAGGUGCUGCCAACGUCACCCAACACCUGUUAGUUGCUGCUGACCUCUACAACUUGGACAGGUUGAAGGUGUUCUGUGAAUCCAAGUUAUGCAAGGAGCUUACCGCCGUAUCGGUGGCCACCACACUAGCAUUGGCUGAGCAGCAUCAGUGCGCACAUCUCAAAGCUGUCUGCUUGAAAUUUGCAGUACAUCCCAACAACUUGGCAGGUACGUCUGCAGUUCAUGUAUCCUAAGUUUAAGUUAUGUCCAUUUCCCAAUAUUUGUUUGUUGGGAUAUAUAGAAGAGAGGUAUGCAUCUUUGCUAUGGA